AUGGGUUUGAUUUCUGGGAUUUUUAUGGGGAUGUUAUUCGGCAUAGCAUUGAUGGCUGGAUGGGCUCGUAUGAUGAGAUACAGAAGUGCCAAGAGAAUUGCUAAGGCCGUUGACAUCAAACUCCUUGGAUCCCUCAGCAGAGAUGAUUUGAAGAAAAUUUGCGGUGAAAAUCUUCCCGAAUGGAUAUCUUUCCCUGUAUACGAGCAGGUGAAAUGGCUAAACAAGCUCCUGAGCAAACUCUGGCCAUUUGUGGCGGAAGCCGCAACGUUGGUUAUCAGAGAGUCUGUUGAACCUCUACUGGAAGAGUACAGACCUCCCGGAAUUACUUCGUUGAAGUUCAGCAAGUUGUCACUUGGAAACGUAGCUCCAAAAGUUGAAGGUAUUCGCGUGCAAAGUCUUACCAAAGGUCAAAUCAUAAUGGACAUAGAUUUCCGUUGGGGUGGUGAUCCGAGUAUUAUUUUGGCCGUUGAAGCUGCCCUUGUUGCAUCAAUCCCUAUUCAGUUGAAGGAUCUAAAAGUUUUCACCAUCAUUCGUGUUAUAUUCCAACUUGCUGAAGAGGUCCCUUGCAUUUCUGCCGUUGUUGUUGCUCUAUUGGCCGAGCCGGAGCCAAAAAUUGAUUAUACUCUGAAAGCUGUUGGUGGAAGCUUAACUGCUCUUCCUGGAGUUUCAGAUAUGAUUGAGGAUACUGUGAACGCAAUUGUUAAUGAUACGCUCAAAUGGCCACAUAGGAUUGUUGUUCCACUCGGCGGUAUCCCUGUUGAUAUCAGUGAACUCGAGCUUAAACCUCAAGGAAGACUUGAAGUGACUGUAGUGAAAGCGACCGAUUUAAAGAAUAAGGAAAUGAUUGGAAAAUCAGAUCCUUACGUAGUUUUGUAUAUUCGACCCUUAUUCAAAGUUAAAACCAAGGUUAUUAAUAACAACUUGAAUCCCGUUUGGGAUCAAACAUUUGAACUGAUUGCAGAAGACAAGGAGACUCAGUCACUGAUUUUCGAGGUUUUUGAUGAAGACAUUGGACAAGAUAAGCGAUUGGGAAUUGUGAAAUUACCGCUUAUUGAUCUGGAAGUACAAACCGAAAAGGAGUUUCAAUUGGGACUGCUGUCAUCGCUCGAUACGCUCAAGGUUAAAGACAAGAAAGAUCGAGGAACCUUGACCGUAAAGGUGUUGUAUUACCAGUUUAACAAGGAGGAACAGUUGGCUGCACUAGAAGCAGAAAAGGCUAUAUUAGAAGAAAGGAAGAAAAUGAAAGCGGCGGGGGUUAUCGGUAGCACAAUGGAUGCGCUGGACGGAGCAGUCUCAGUGGUGGGAUCUGGUGCUGGACUCGUUGGAAGUGGCCUUGGCGCGGGAGCUGGACUUGUCACGAGUGGUCUCGGAACGUUCACUAGUGGUCUUACCAAGGCAGGAAAGUUUAUGGGAAGAACCAUAACAGGUCAUCAUAGCGGGUCGAGAAGGAGUGGUUCGUCUACUCCGGUUCAUAAUGCAGCGGAAAAUGGCGGCGGUGCAAAGCCUCUAUAG